UUUGGAGACCCACCCGUCAUACUUUUGCUGAUAUGGACAUCAGACAGUCAUUUGCGUCUGGGGUCACCGUUUAAUUCUCUUUGUGCUCACGCCGUUAAAAUCCUGGCGCCGCCGUUGCUUGCUUCACAGAAGCCAUCCCAAAUCCAGAUACCCUAGCUGUUGCUUGCGCGUAUUCCCCAUUCCAGAAACCCUAGCCGUAGCUUGCGCGUAUUCCCCCUUCCGACUUUGUGCUCACGCGGUCUUGCCUAGCUUGCGCUUCUUGCUUUGUAUUCCCCACCGUAGCUUGCGCGAGAUCUCAGCUUGCGCUUCUUGCUUUGUAUUCCCCAUUCCAGAAACGAGAAACCUAGCCGCCUCUUGCGAUGGAUGUUCAUCCGAGCCAUUUGGUUGCUGAUGCUGUUGAAGCGGCGCGUGCUGCUGCCGUCGCGGCUUCGGAGGCGAGAUGCGCGGCAGUUAUUGCAGAGAAGGAGGCCAAGGCUGCGGUUGAGUUCGCCGCCAUUGCCGUCGACAAGGUCGAAGCAGUUAAGGUCUCGUCAAAUGUGGAAAAUGUCGAUUUCAAGUAUCAUGUGAACGUUAAGAAUUCGUUGCGAUACUCCAUUCAAGAAAUGAGGAGGCAAUGUACCCUGUUGCAAUCUGUUAAAAAACUGUGUUCCACUAUCCCAGAAGUUGAAGGUGCCAAGAUAGGAAAGGUUUGCGGCUAUCUGGAACAUGUGUGCAAGAUGCUAGAGGAAACUUCAAUUGUCUGUGAACAAGAUUUGGAAACAAAGAAUCCUACUUGGGACCUUUAUGACAACCCUUCCGUAGAUGAUGAACAUCCUUUAGAAGAUGAUGAAAUUGGUGAUGGCUACAGUACAGAAGAUCCUGAGCUAUGGGAAAUGGUUUUCGAUGACCUGAAGUGGGAAGAGGCCAAAGCUAAUGUUUCAUUUGAAGAGCACUAUCGUGUCAUAAACUACAGGUUCGAAGAGAUCAAUGAUCGUAACAUGUAGUUAUGAGCUCGUGUUUGGUUUGGAUGCCUCCAUUUUGUAUGUAAUGCUCCAAAUGUACUAUGUAGAACCUUAGUUUCUGUUUGUUGUCAUGAAACAUUAGUGUCAUCUGUGUGGAGCAGUAGGCAUUUGUUGGAUGAAGGUAUUUUGUAUGCUACUAUGUCUGUUCUAUGAAGCAGUUCCAAUUUAU